GGCUGUGGGGCAAGAUGCGUGCUGGCCGGCUCUGCGGCUCCGAGGGUUUGGAACUUAGCGGCUGCAGGGGUCCCGCUCGGUUUCGGUGUCCGUCGCGUCUCCUCGCGCGCUUCCCGGUCCGCGCUGUGCCGCCUCCCGCCCUCGGGCAGCGUGGGGAGCUCUCGUGCCCUGGAGGUUCUUGGAAGACUUUUAAGAAGAUACAGAAGGUAGAGGAAAGAGAUCUUCUGAGCUUUACUGGCCCUAAAUGGCUACAGAAUCAAGAAAGCCUUCUUCAGCCCCAUCUCCACCAGACCAGGCUCCUGAAGAGGAUCUUGUCAUUGUCAAGAUAGAGGAGGAUCAUGGUUGGGAUGAGGAAUCCAGUGUGCAUGAGAACAACACACCUGGCCAAGAACAGUUUCGUCUACGCUUCAGACAGCUCUGCUACCAGGAGACAUUAGGACCUCGGGAAGCUCUGAUCCAGCUCCGUGCACUUUGCCAUCAGUGGCUGCGGCCAGACUUGAACAGCAAGGAGCAGAUCCUGGAGCUGCUGGUGCUGGAGCAGUUCCUGACCAUCCUGCCUGAGGAGCUGCAGGCUCUGGUUAAGGAGCACCAGUUACAGAAUGGAGAGGAGGUGGUAACCCUAUUGGAGGACCUGGAAAGGCAAAUUAAUGUCCUAGGGCGACCAGUCUCAACUCAUACACAUGGGCACAGAGUACUCUGGGAUGAAGUCAUACCUUCAAAAUCUGCAUCAGAACCUCCAAGUAUUCACGUACAAUCCUUGGCCACCAUGCCCAAAUCUGCAGUGCCCCAGAAACCACAGGACAGGGGAAAGAGGCCAGAUUUCACUUACAAUGCCAUGUCUUCUUCUCAGAAACCUACUCCUUCCCAGAAAGGAAGUUCUGGAGAUCAGGAGGUGACAGCUAGACUUCUCACUGCAGGGUUCCAGACUUUGGAAAGGAUUGAAGACAUGGCUGUGUCUCUUAUUCGAGAGGAGUGGCUUCUUGCUCCAUCACAGAAGGAUCUGAAUAGAGAUAACAGGCCCGAGAAAUACAGGCACAUGUUCUCCCUGGACGGUGAGACCAGGAGUGAGAACAAGGAAUUAUUUCCAAAACAGGUAAUAUCUCCCGGAAUCCAGCCACAUGGAGAGGCAACUGCCAAGUGCAACGGAGAUGUUAUUGUGGGUCUUGCGCAUGGAGAAACCCAAGACCUUCUGGGCAAACUAGAGAGGCACCAGGGAAAUCCCACACAAGAGAGACGACAUAAAUGUGAUGAAUGUGGGAAAAGCUUUGCUCAGAACUCAGGCCUUGUUCGCCACUGGAGAAUACACACCGGAGAGAAACCCUAUCAGUGUACUGUGUGCAGUAAAGCCUUCAGUUACAGGUCGGCCCUUCUUUCCCAUCAGGAUAUCCACAACAAAGUGAAGCGCUAUCACUGCAAGGAAUGUGGUAAGGCCUUCAGUCAGAACACAGGCUUGAUCCUACACCAGAGAAUCCACACUGGGGAGAAGCCCUAUCAAUGUAAUCAGUGUGGGAAGGCCUUUAGUCAGAGUGCAGGCCUUAUUUUGCACCAGAGAAUCCACAGUGGGGAGAGACCAUAUGAAUGUAAUGAAUGUGGAAAAGCUUUCAGUCAUAGUUCACACCUCAUUGGACAUCAGAGAAUUCACACUGGGGAGAAACCCUAUGAGUGUGAUGAGUGUGGGAAAACCUUCAGACGGAGCUCACAUCUUAUUGGCCAUCAAAGAAGCCACACUGGGGAGAAACCCUACAAAUGCAAUGAGUGUGGGAGGGCCUUUAGUCAGAAGUCGGGCCUUAUUGAACAUCAGAGAAUCCAUACUGGAGAAAGACCCUAUAAGUGUAAAGAAUGUGGGAAAGCUUUCAAUGGGAAUACUGGUCUCAUUCAGCAUCUGAGAAUACAUACUGGGGAGAAGCCCUAUCAGUGCAAUGAGUGUGGGAAAGCCUUUAUUCAGAGAUCGAGUCUCAUUCGACAUCAGAGAAUCCACAGUGCAGAAAAGCCUGAAACCACAGGAGUUUAGGAGAAGCUUUGGUUGUAGUGUGAGCAUUAUUUGGCAUUAGAGAAACCAUGUAAUAGUGGAAAAGUCUAGUGAAAAAGGCAGAAUCUGUAGCUGUAACAAAGCUAAGAAUAGCACUUGAUUGGUUGGGCCCAAUCCCUGGUCUGAGUUGAUUUGUUUGACUGUCUUUGGGGGCAUCUGAUGAAACAGAACCUUAGCAGCUCAGUAGAUUCUUCAGAAUAACAGUAAAUUGCUUAUUGUAACUUGAAACACUAUAUUUUGUCUUUCCUGUGAGUAGCUCUAAGUUUGAGAGAGACCACUCCUCCAAGCUUCUCUGUUUCUUCCCAUUUCCUGUGGUCCUUUUUUUUGUCAUCCCUCUGAAGGUACCCUUGAAAUCCUAAUCUAAGACACUGCUUGAGUCCAAGGCAACCCUCAAUGAGACUAAGACUUGUGUUGGCUUUUUAAUAUCCUAGUUAGAGAAGUUGUAGGACAUUUAAAUUAUUACUCUAAUACUCUUAGAUGAUAGAUACCCAUAUUUCUCCACAAAGUCAAUGCUAUCUUUUUAACAGCACUAUAGCAUUUUUCUUCGUUUAGAACCUUUACUGACUCCAUUGAGUCCCUGAGCAUCUGUACAUAGCCUUCACUACCCCCAGUCUCAAUCCUGUGCCAACAAAGGAAGUGGACGCAUUAGUGAUGAUGGUGGGCGUGAUGGAAAGAAAGAGGUGAGUGGAGACUCAGCCUGGCUAUUCUUGAGCAUGGACAGUUGUUUCUCAAGGUGUCUUCUGACUCUCCUUCUGCCUCCCCACUAUACACUGUGGUUUGAAAAAUAUUUGCACUAUCAAAGCUUUGGCACCACAUAAAAGACAGAGGUGCUUGAAAAAGACAUUAAAAAUCCUUACAAAGAAUGUACAUCAUCCCUCUUGGCCCAUUACAGUAUUGCUUUCAGGUUCCUAUCAAAAACUCACUGACCACAUGGUCAGCCUGGACCGGCCUUCUCAGAUGGCCGCAGCAGAUCCAACAUUAUCUUCCAUCUGUUUCCUUCCAUUUGCAUAUCUCCAGUAUCCAAAUACCUCCGUCUGACUCUUUAUUCUUCUGCAUUCUGGUACACUCCAUCAGUCAUCUAACAACAAAGAUACAUUAUUCACUCAUUGUCACCAGGCACUGUAUUUCACCUCUGAGGCUUCUAUCAUAACAGAAUACUGUGUGGGUAAAGGAAUGAGACUGCUUUUAAAGCAACACAUCAGAUCUUGUGCGUCUAAAAUGUAGAGUCUUUUCGAUUGAGUAAUUAUACUUACUACUUAAUAAAUUCUUGUUAAAAUGCAUAUUCUAAAGUACUAUGAUUUUAGGAAUGCUACCAGUCCUCCAAGUGUUAGGGACAAUCUUAGAAUUCUCAUGUAAUGAGAAGCAAGAAAACUAUGUGUUGCUAUUAAUUAUAUUUCAUGUUUGACCAUUUGACUAGCCAGCAGGCUUGGAGUUGAAUAGCUUUUGCUUUGCAACAUUAAUCCUCACACUUAAAAUUAUUCCAUUAAUCUUACUCAGAAGACAAAUAAGGAGGUUCUGAUGAAAUCUUUGAAAAAAAAAAUAAUAAUUUCACACCAUGACUGCCCUAAAAGGAUCAUUUUAGUUUCUUUGGUUAACUUUCUCAGAACAGACCUCUCCAUUAUUCAUUAUUUUCUUAUCCUCCAUUCUGUCUGCUUCAUUCCUGUUUAAUACAGAUUACCAUUCCUAACUCCUCUCUAGCACUCCUCACCACUGAGCCAUCUCUCCAGCCCUAAUAACUUUAUUUUUUAAGACAGGGUUGCAAAUGUUUAAGAAACCAGAAGCAGGUAAAUGUGCCUAUGUCCAGACCCUUGCCUCCUGCCUGAGUUGUGCCUUACCUGCUAUAAGACAGAGCUUCCGCAUAGGUCGGCUCUGUGUGGUGUGGCAGUUACAUAGGAUGAGUGCAUUUUCAGAGCAGCUGGGUGUCUGCAUGUGUGCAUGUGUGCACGCCCACUCCUUUCAUAUACUUUUGUGAAGCACCUGCCUUGAGUUCUAAUAAAAUUGCCCGCUUUGCAUUUGUACCCAGAAUAAUAUGUGCCAGAUACUUCAGUCUCACAAUUACUAAGAAUAUGGCAGAAGUCCAGAGAAAAGGAAGUAUAAUUGGAAAAAUAAAUGUUACACUGGGGUGAAUGUGAAAAAGGGUGGUCAUUUAAAAACCAGUUAUUAGAGCCAUUAUGGUGAGGUACACCUUUAAUCAUAGCACUCAGGAAGCGGGGGCAGGUGAGCCACCAUAGACUGCAUAGCAAGCCAGCCUUGAAUAUAGUGAGUCCAGUCGCAAAAGAAAAAAAAUAAAAGGUAAGUGAGGUUGGAGAAAUGGCUUAGAGGUUAAGAGUGUGGGCUGCUCUUGCAUAGGACCAUUGAAUUUAGUUCCCAACACCCUUUUUGGGUAGCUCGAAAUUUCCUGUAACUCCAGCUCCUUGGACAUCCAAUAUCUCUGGCCUGCACACAGAUACACAUAAAUGUAUACACAUAAACAUAAUUACCAAUAAUAAAAAAUUUAAAUGAGUUCUCAAAGGCGAUUUAGCACAUGUAUAGAACAGGCCAAGUGUAGAAAUACAUAGAAGUCAUUGUUAGUCUUGAAUUCAGCAAGCAUUAAUCAAUCUAUAUUUAAUUCAGUUCAGUGGCAUUCAUUAAGCCUUUAUCCUAUAGUGUCCAGUUUUUCUCUCCUUCUGAAAUGAGUUGUUCACCAGUACUAUCUUCUCCAUCCUAAGCUGUUCAUUUUAAGAUGUGGCAGAGUAAAGUGGUUUUUCCCUAACUUACUUGCUAUCAACAUACCACUGGAAAAAACCUCUGAGGUAUCAAAGAAUUUCUCCAUGAAGCCAGAUAAGUAUUCAAGAAUGCAUGGACCAGUAUAGCUUCACUCUUGUUUCUACACCUCCAAAAUGAUAGCUGACAUUUUUGUUUUGUUUUUCAGCAGUUGCCAUGAGCCAAACCCUAAGUUAAAUAUGUAUCCUACAUAAGAGCUAAUCUCACCACUACAUGCCCCAUUAUGGAAGAUAUAACAGAAGUUUAGGGAACUAACUAACAUAACAUAUCCAGCAAAAGGCAAAAUUCUAACCUAUACAGCCUGAUGCUAGAGCUUGUGAUAACCACUGUGCUUUGCUAUCAACUGACUAAACUCCAGCCAGCCAAAUGAAACCACGUACCCUUGGCAUAAGAGAUCCUAGGUAAAAUAAUAUGCAGUAGUAUAGUGUGGAUCCAUUGCAAUUACUGGAAAAUUGGUUUAAAAUACUAUUUGCAGUGAGAACAUCUUUAGACUUGGAUGUUCUUGAUUCUUAGUUCAAAAAGGUUAUUUUGUCAAUAAAACAUGCUUAAAGGAGUAACUAGGAGGGUAAAGCAGUUACAGCUUAGUGAUACAAAUAAUCUCUCUGUAGACUGCCUUAAGGAAAGAUGUGAGUAGAGCUAGGUUGGGCAGAUGGACAGGUGGCAAUAGUAAGCUUAUCCAAAGCCUACAGUGAAGACCCAUGUAGGCUUCUUGCCCGUUUCCACUCACCAUUCUGUGUGUCUUCUGUUUUUCUUGAUUUUUUUCAAGUGUGGUAUUCAUUUUUAACUCAUUUCCGCUUUAGCUCUUCCUGGUUUUUCAUAGUCAGCAUUCCACUAAAAUGUACGUGGAAUUGCCAGUGUAUAAAUUAAGACUUUUUAUUGUUGUUGUCCUUCUUAAUCUCAUUAUACUUCAUCAUGUUGAGUUUCCCAACAUGUGAUGACUAUUCUUGGUUGUCAUCUUGAAUACUACUAGGUGAUUAGGCCUAUUGGUAGACAGCCAUUAUUGAACUACCUGGACCACAAUUUGUAAGCCAUUCUAAUACAUCCCCUUUAUAUGUAUUUUUUCAUUCUAUAAGUUCUGUUCUUCUAGAGAAUCCCAAGUAAUACAGAUUUUCAUAUCAGAGGUGGUUCUAGAGCAAUAGAAGUAUUAAGGUGAAUUUUUUUUUUAAAUAUUUGGGAUAGGUUUGCAGACACCUACAGUUACUGAAGUCUCUCAGAAACUCAGGGAAUAUUGAAAACCCAUGCUGUGAACUGUUUUACAAACUUACAGAGAUAAAUGCAUUUGAUUAUACUGAUUGACCAGUUGUAAGAGGCAAGAAAUUUGUUGACUCUGUAUAUAAAACUUGAAAAUUUGUAGAAAAAAUAAGGAAAAUGAUGAUGCUGGUUGGUUCCUGCUAGCAUCUCUGAACAAAUGACAAAGGGAAAGAAUUUGCUGCUUGAUAAAAUUAACUAACUUCUAGCAUCUCAAAGUACAGUGAAAAGCAGCAGUGUACUCAGUGAUAAAGUUAGCCAUCUCCAGAUAUGCAUAAAUAGUCUAAAGGUUUCUAAGUGUACAGUGCAAGAAAAUCUUCUCUCCAGCAAUCACAGCUCAAAUUGUGGACAAUCAAACCAAAGCCCUCAUUUACGUUUGGCCAAAUUUCAAAGAAAAUUGAAGUCGCAUCCUCAGAGAGUGUCAGUGGUUAAAGUAAGAGAACAUUAGUUGGUAAGCAGCGUGCUCUGUACCUUGAUGUGGAGGGAGAUGUGUGGUAGGACUCUGUUGAGGUUCAGAACUUUGAGCCCUCAGAUUCUCCUGGGUUUACUUCACCUGAGGGAAUAGCCUCUCUACCCUCAGCAGAAAAUGUACUCUACCCCUCAAAUAUUGCCUUGGUUUGUUUGUUUGAUUGUUUGUUUUUGCCUUGAGGAAAUACAAAGUGGGUAUUUAAGGAAGGUAGUUGCAAAUACCAACUAUGGCCAUGUGAUCAGGUGCAGAAAUGAGGAUUACUAUUUCUUCCAGAUUUUGUUAAGAAUGUGUUCAGAUAUUUGUGUUUUCUUUCCUCAAUUUCUUAUCAUGUAAUGUAACAUCAAUUAAGAGAAUAUCUGUAGUUACCAUAUUUAAGAUUUGAGAUACCAAAAGAAUGUCCCUCAAGGGACAUUGCCAUUUAUUCUAAAAUUAAUCAUGCAUUUGAGGUAUAAUACAAAAUAUAGUUUUAUCAUGUUAGGUAUAAUUAUAAUUUGAUUAAAUAUAUAAUGCAUUUGCAGUUGUACAUGAGCUAGUUAUAUCAUUUUAGGUGUAAUUAUGACCUGGUUAUUAUUUUCAUUUGGAAAUUAAGCACGGCAUAAGAAGAUAUGAUUGUGCGUCAAGGUGACAAGGGGUGAAUUCAGAUAGCUCUUCUUGGUUGUCAGCCUGACUACAUUUGGAAUUAACUCAAGCCAAACUGCUGGGUAUACCUGUGAGGAUUUUUUUUUUCCUUAAGUAAAUCAUUUCAAGUGUAAAAACUAUUUUCUUUUAAUCUGAAUCUUUUGAGGUAAGAAGAUCCACCUUUAGUCAGGGCUACACCUUCUGAUGGCAUUCAAAUAUAAGGCUGUGGAAGAAGAAAGCUUUUGCUGUUGUUUCCUUGCUCCUGCUAGUAAGUCCAUGACUUCAAUAGGAUUAGAGCCAACUUCAGGAUUCUGGGAUGUUAUGAAGAGCAGCUGAGACUUCCAUCCCGAUAGCAUAAAACAACUGUCUCAUUCUAGGGUUUUCCAUUAGUAGACAGGCAUUGUUCUCUCUGGACCACUGCCUGGACGCUACUCUAAUCCCCUUUUUCUACAUAUGUGUAGAUUCUUUCUAUGAGGUCUGUUCUCUAAAGAACCUUAACUAAUGCAUCAUUUAGAAUUCUCCUUUCUUUGUCUUAUGGUAUUUUUUAGGUCAUUUCUCUUCUAUAUCUGGCUCUUGUUUAUUAGUCUUUUUUGUCUUCUAUACUAAAAAUAAUUUCUGUACCCUGUUUUUACUUUUGUGUUCCUAUUUAUCUAUUUUGUUACUUCAUGUAUUUGAGUAACUUUGUAUUUUCCACUUUGUAUGUCAUCCACUGCUUGGGGAAUUUUCCUCGGGUACCUACACCCCCUGAUAUUUGAAACCAAAACUCACUGUUCUGCCUCAAUUUGUAUUUUCUUUUGAAAUAAACAUCAUUGCCUAAUUGCUGUACCCUAAAAUAGAAUCAUUGCUUUUUGUGUUUCUCAUCCCAACCUUGAAGUUACCAUGUCAUCCUUUUCUGCCUUCCACUUUCCUGGUCUAGAACCUUAUUGAUCAUGCUCAUAUUCUUCUUGAGGUUUGUUUUUGUUGUUGCAUAGUCUUUGUUUUAUAUUUCUACAAUACCCUUAUAGCCUUCCACAUAGAUCUGCAUCAUGUAAGCUCAGGUUACUAUGAUUCCCUUCAGUUUCCUUCCAGAAUAUCCAACUUAUAUAACACUUCAAAAAUGAUCUUCAAUCUCCAUUUUCAUGGAAUCUCAUUUUUACUCAGCCCCCAGCAGAUAAUUCUCACCAGUGUUCCAUAUCCUUGUUCUCCAUUCAAGCCUCAGCUUUCAUUACUCUCUGGCAUAUUUACCUUGGUAUAUCACAUUCAAACCUCCUACAGCUUCCUAGUGUUAUCUGUUAUCUUACAAGACUUUGCCUCUGUGCCUUUCUCUCAUGCUUUUUUGCUUAGAUUACUCUUUGACUGUACCUUCUGUUCAAAUUUGCUUCUUUCAUGUCUUUUGAGACAUCAUCUUCUGAUUGAGUUUGCCUCACACCAGCAUCUUCCCUUAUUCUGUUCUGCCUGAGCACAUAACUUUCAAGUUUGUACUAUGAUCCAUGCACUCAUUAAUACCUUGCUCUGCAAUUAUUUUCUAGCCAUCUGUAUAGUAGUUUCACAUCUGUAUUAUUUCCAAGUUUAAACUGUAAGCUCCUUGAGGGCAGGGAUUAUAACUGUAACAUUUGUAUCACUGCACUCUCUUUAGUGCCUAGUACAGUGCUGAGCACACAGUAGGUGUUUAAUAAAUGCUUGUUAAAUUAU